CUGAUAUCUCAAGUAACUAAAAAUUUUAAAAAUUUUUAAUUUGACAAUUUUCUUUAUAAUCUCGUUUCAUCCAAUGGUAUUCCACAUUUGGAACCACAAGUUUCUCCCAUAGUGCCUGAUAUCUCAAUUUCACCCAAUGGUAUUCCACAUUUGGAACCACAAGUUUCUCCCAUAGUGCCUGACACAAAUCUAGAUUCCCCUCUUGACAUCGCACAAGCCUUAUUAGACUUAAAUUCAAAUAUUUAUGUGGCUCGUUGUCAAAAGCCAAAAGGGGAAAAUGUUACUCUUCUUUCAGAACUAUCUAUAUAGAUUUCACUGUCAAAAUAGGGACAUUAUAAAAUAUCGUUGUAGAGUAGCUGAUUGUCAUGCUAAAUGCAUUGAUGGUGUUUAUAUUGCUUCGAGUAUACAUGAUCAUCCUUUUGAAAUAGGGACAUUCGUGAUGCUUAAAACUAAAGAAGCACUCAAAAACAUUGUAGCUUAGAAUCUCUUUGAGACACGCUUAAACAUUUAUCAACAAACUAUGGAUAAGAGAUGUUUGGAGGAUCCAGAAAUAGAAAACUAUUCUGAGGCGAUACCAUCAUUUAUAUCUUUGAGGAGUCACAUAGACAGACUCCUUAUGAAAUAUCGGCCCCCUAUGCCUCAUUCGAUUUUAGAUAUAUGCCCCAAAUCAAGCAUUUAAAACAUUUCUCAACUAUAUCUAUACUGGGAAAAUGAACUUAACUUCUCAAAAAGCUCAACAGGAAAUUAUAGGUUACAAAAUAUACUAGCUUCAAGGAGCGAAUACUUUAGUGUUUAAAAAAUAGAGCCCUUUUAUAUGGUGGAAUGAAAAAAUCUUUGCCAGAUUGUAAUGAAAUCGAAUUAAAAGAUGCCCCAAAUCAAGCAUUUAAAACAUUACUCAAGUAUAUCUAUACUAGGAAAAUGAACUUAACUUCUCAAAAAUCAAGGACAAACUUUUGAUCAUGUAGGCUUAUUCCUCCCUGAGCCCGUCUUUGCCCAUGGACAACUAUAUGUGGCUCUUACUAGAUGUAAAUCUCAAAAUAAUAUGAAAAUUAUGAUUUUGCCAUCAGAAUUACAAGGAAAAAUUUUAAAAAAUGAUAAAACAUUCACACAAAAUAUCUCACCAACUUUGUUAUUCACCAUCAAAUCACCAACUUUAAAUCAUCUUCAAAAACGAAACCACCUUGAGCAAAGAAAAGAGAACUUCUUCAAAUCGCUAAACCAUCUACCUCACCAACAACAGUUAUUUACAGCAAACUACGAGCAAGGAAAUUACAGCAUCAUUUUCAAAAACGAAACCACAUUGAGCAAAGAAAAGAGAACUUCUUCACCAUCGCUAAACCAUCUUCCUCACCAACAACAGUUAUUUACGGCAAACUGCAAGGAAAUUACAACAUCAUCUUCAAAAACGAAACCACAUUGAGCGAAGAAAAGAGAACUUAUAUUAUUCAUCAAUCAUUGAAUAAAAAAGACAAUUCAUCACUCAUAGUCUUAAUGGGUUGGAAUUGGCCUGAAGGAGGAGGGGGAAGGGUAAAAAGAAUUAUCGUAAAAGAACGAAUAAAAUUCUCAUCCCCGUCAUUUUUGACGGGUUAUCAACUAGUUCUUUUAUAUUUAAAAAAGAUCGUUGGUUUUUUUUUAUAAAUUAAUAAAUUUUAAUAAAUCAAGAUGUUAUUUUAUUUUGAAAAAUAUUUACCGACUUUGCAUUUAUAUAAACUAAUUAUAAAAAAUAAUAGGCGGAUAAUUAAGUCAAUUGGCCCGCAAAAAAUUUUUUUUUGGCAAUUUUAUAUUUCUACCGCAAUUUUAAUAUUUCUCCCGCAAAAUACUAAUUUCUCCCGCAAAAUACUAAUUUCUCCAUUUGAAAAUUUUGACCUGACAACCCUGACUAUGAUAAUAAAUUGAGUACCCUACCAUAAGCAAAUUCAGGAUUUCUCUAUUGGGGGGGGGCGCCAUAUAUUUUACUAGAGGUUUUUAAGUCCACUUAUUGUUGACCUUGUUCUAUAUUAUAUCUAAUAAUAUUUUUGUGUUUUUACUUUUUUAAAAAAAAGAAAUUUUAUGAAAAAAUUUUGAAUUAUAGUUGUUUUUAAAAAAUGAUUAAUUUUUAUUUGUUUUCUUUCAAAUUAAUGUCUAUAGUAAUAUAUUGUUAUAAUAUAUAUUGGGAAAAGGGGGCAGGGGGUGUGUAGCGGGGAAAUUUUUUAUUAGUUUAAAAUGAUAUUUACCAAAACAGGCAAAUUCUAGAUGCAUGGUUAUCCUAUGGUACAUAAGCUGGCCACAUAAUAAUAUUAUAUCCCUUUAUAAAAGUAUACAAGUUUCAAGAGUCAUCGAUAUAAUAGAAAAUUUUAUU